AACUUAUUUUGGGUUUUAUCGUUUCGCGAUUCACCCUCUCUUCAUACUUCACUCGUUUUCACCUUCUUUCAUUGUGAAUUGCUCUAUGAUUCUCCGUUUUUGCAUAAAUUCAGACGAUAAUCUUUGGAUUUAAUCACACCACUUUCGCGAUUAAUCAGUGUAUUCUAUUUCCGAAGCAGAUCCGGCCUGAAAAAAUGUCGUAUGCUUACCUAUUCAAGUAUAUCGUCAUCGGCGAUACAGGAGUUGGAAAAUCGUGUCUUCUCCUUCAGUUCACAGAUAAUCGAUUUCAGCCUGUUCAUGACUUAACUAUCGGGGUCGAAUUCGGAGCCCGGAUGAUCACGAUUGAGAAUAAGCCAAUUAAGCUCCAGAUUUGGGAUACUGCCGGCCAAGAGUCAUUCAGGUCCAUUACAAGGUCCUACUAUAGAGGUGCUGCCGGUGCCUUACUUGUCUAUGAUAUUACCAGAAGGGAGACUUUCAAUCACUUGAUUAGCUGGUUAGAAGAUGCAAGACAGCAUGCAAAUGCAAACAUGACAAUUAUGCUAAUUGGUAAUAAGAGUGAUCUUGCUCAUAGAAGGGCCGUGACCACAGAAGAGGGUGAGCUGUUUGCAAAGGAGCAUGGUUUAAUAUUCAUGGAGGCAUCUGCCAAAACUGCGCAGAAUGUUGAAGAGGCAUUCGUAAAGACAGCCGCGACCAUAUUCAAGAAGAUUCAAGAUGGAGUAUUUGAUGUUUCAAAUGAGUCUUAUGGAAUCAAAGUUGGAUAUGGCGGAAUACCGGGACCGUCGGGCAGCAGGGAGGGAUCAUCUUCCCAAACUGGCGGCUGUUGCAAUUGAACCAUGAAAUUAUAGAAACUAGCUGGCUUCAACAAUCUGUUUGUGCCUGCCUUAAUUCAUUUCAUUCUUUUGAUCUUUUUCAUUUUUCCUCAUGUGCUGCUGUGAAAUGUGAAUAUCCCCUCCCCCUCCCCAACCAAAGAAAGAUAGAAGAAGUUUUUGUGUUAAAAGAAAAGGCAGUUUCUUUUAAUGCUACAUUUUCACUCUGCACUCAAUUCAAUUGUAAAUCAACAUUGUUUUGAAUUCAUUAGCUCUUUUGGUGAAGAACCUUCAGCACCAUUUCUUGA